AGUGACGACUUAUGCAGGAAGUACAGCGAGCUGUCAGUGUGCUCUGUGGGCGUUUGGUGUUGUGGGGGCGUUCUUGCCGUUUUAAGUGUCUCGCAAAACGGUCGUGCUUGGAUUAAUUUCACCAUGUCCGAUAGAAACCCAGUAAUGGAGCUUGACCUGGAAUGGGUGUCCGGGGUGAGAGUGAACACGCAGGCGGUUCUGAAGCGGGCUCAGCAGAUCCAGGGCCGCAAGCUGGUGAAGAGGCAGUGGGAGGCCGCCUGGCUCCUCAGGGCGGUGACGUGCAUCGACCUGACGACCCUCGCGGGCGACGACACGCCGUCCAACGUGCACCGCCUGUGCCUGAAAGCCACGCAGCCGGUGCGCCGCGACCUCCUGAAGGGGAUGGACAUGCACGACAAAGGCAUCACCACCGCGGCAGUGUGUGUGUACCCCUCUCGAGUGGCGGACGCGGUGAAGUCCCUCCGGGCCGCUAACUCCAGCCUGCCUGUGGCCUCGGUGGCGACGGGGUUCCCCGCGGGCCAGACGCCCCUGAAGACCCGGCUGGAGGAGGUGCGCUUGGCCGUGCAGGACGGGGCCGGCGAAAUCGACAUCGUCAUCAACCGCACCCUGGCCCUGACCGCGCAGUGGGAAGCUCUGUACCAGGAGAUCGUGCAGUUCAGACAGGCCUGUGGAGAAGCUCACAUGAAGACCAUCCUGGCGGUGGGGGACCUGGGCUGCUUCGCCACCGUCUACAGAGCCAGCCUGGUGGCCAUGAUGGCCGGCUCAGACUUCAUCAAAACCUCCACCGGAAAAGAGGCGAUCAAUGCCACCUACCCUGUUGCCAUAGUGAUGGCCCGGGCCAUCCGGGAUUACUACCUGCGAACUGGCCACAAGGUGGGGUUUAAGCCGGCCGGUGGCAUCCGAACGGCGAAGGACUCUCUGGUGUGGCUGACGCUGAUGAAGGAGGAGCUGGGGGACGAGUGGACACGCCCCCUCCUGUUCCGCCUGGGCGCCAGCACCCUGCUGGCUGACAUCGAGAGACAGAUCUACCACCACGUGACGGGGCGCUACGCAGCCUAUCAGGAGCUCCCCCUGGCCUGACCCCGCCCCCGGCUCACCUAUUGAUUGGUUACCCACAGACAUCCACACACCAUGCCCCCUCACCUGGUUACUGGGAACAGGCUUACCUCAACAUCAAAAAUGGACCAAAUUUGGGGUGAAUGCAUGUUGAAUGCAUUUAUUCCCAGAAGAUGCAAAACACACGCACACACACACACACACACACAAACUCACACACUGACACUCACUCAUACACACACAACAGGGCUGCCAAACCCUGUUCCUGGAGAUCUUCCAUCCUGUAGGUUUUUGCUCCAGCCCUAACAUAGCGUACCUCAUUCAACAGCUAGAGAGAGCUUGUUGAACUGCUAAUUUGUCGAAUCAGGUGCACAGAAUUAGGAUUGAAUUGAAAACCUACAGGGCAGUAGACCUCCAGGCACAAGGUUGGGCAGCCUCGUGUUACAGGUUUCAACAUAAAAAGGGCCUUGAAGGAUUUGUUGAUGAAUAGGUGAUAUAUCAGACUUGUGCCUUGUCUCAGUCAAUGGAGGUUAUGGUUGAUUGUUGUUCAGAGGUGUUGACUGAAGGUAAAUAUGGACUGUAUGUUAUCCUGUAAUAUUUAAAAAACAUUAUGAUAUUAAUGUCCCUGGCCAUCAGGAAAACGUGGGGUGAAUUUUCUCCGUUACCUUCAAAUGUUUUGUGUAAUCAUGGAUAUACAACUGAGAACAUUAAUUAUUAAUAACUAAUUAUUAAGAAGCCUCCUUAGCACUGAUUACAAUAAAGAAAAAAAACAUUGUA